AUGGAGAGAACACAGUUCACACCAGCACAGUCAGUGGCAUACCUCUGGCACGCGCUGAACCUCCCUUCGCAGGCACUGGAAUCACUCAAUCUCGUCGAUGAGGAUGAUUACCACUAUAGUCCCCAGGAACAACAACAGCAGCAGCAGCAGCAGCAGUCAUCAUUCAAAAUCGCCCAUCUUGCGCAGAGCUGUAUCGCGCUGGCCGCGCUGGCGGCUGCGACGGUGUACUAUUCUACCAGCAGUGUUGUUACUCCUGAUAACGUCAAGAAAAUCCCGCGAGUAACGGUAUCCCGCAGACACGCGCUCGCCGAGUUCUCGUCAGAAAGAGUAUACACUCUAAACAACAGUCUGCCAGAAUCAAGCUGGGGCCGUAUUGGCGGGUUAUAUCAGACUGCUGGGAAGAAUGCAUACGUCAGGAUUCACGACGCCUUUGUCAAGCAUGAAAACGCCGCGUUGGCGCUCUUGCGCAUACCUCAGACCAAUACUCCGUCGAGAGAGGAUGUUGCGAGAGAGGUAGCUCGCUGGGAUGCUAUCGAGCUCGAAACAGAAGGGAUCCGGCACGGCGCUGUGAUUGCCGCGUUGCGCAGUUAUCAGCAAUGGGAUUGCCAUCCUCAGGCGCGCGCGAUUGCGGAUUUGCCGAUUCUAGUUCGCAAGGUGUCCAGUAUAGCAGAAACAAGGUGGAAACACCACCGCCUGAGACAAGCUCCCCGCGAUAGGUGUCUUCGCGGUCUACGAGUUCUCGAGCUCAGUCGUGUGAUAGCUGCGCCCGUGGCUGGCCGCACGCUGGCCGCUCACGGCGCCGAUGUGCUCUGGGUCACGACGGCGAGGUUGGCCGACCAGCCAGCGCUGGACCGCGAUCUGGCGCGCGGAAAACGUAGCGUGAGGCUCGAUUUUAAAGAGUCGGAAGAAGACCGAGCCGCGCUGAUUGCGCUCAUCCGUGACGCUGAUGUCCUGAUUCAGUCGUAUCGGCCAGGCAGUCUUGACGCGUACGGGCUCGGCGUGGAAGAUGUGGCUAGGAUCAACCCGGGCAUUGUCCAUGCCAGUCUCUCGGCGUAUGGGAGCACAGGUCCGUGGGCGAAGUGGAGAGGGUUUGAUUCCCUAGUUCAGACGUGUUCUGGCAUGAAUGUUUCUGAAGCCGAACUCGCUGGAGCUGAAUUUGAAUCUCCUGCGCGGGCGUUACCUUGCCAGGCUCUGGAUCAUGCCAGUGGGUAUUUCCUGGCCACGGGAAUCAUGGCUGCGGUGUAUCACCAGUUGAUCGACAGCUCCGCUGCUGCGUACGAGGUACAAGUCUCGCUUGCAGGGACCAUGAAAUGGCUCCGUUUGCUCGGACAGUAUCCUUCUCCCGUCAGCUGCGCCAGCAGCCUGGAUGACGACUUGUUUGAAAGCCGAAUUUCAGCGUUUGGCGAGCUCAGAGCUGUGCGCCAUGCUGCACAGGUCGACGGCGCAAUGCCGGGGUUUGAUUUCAUGCCCAGGCCGCCGGGGAGCGAUGAGCCCAGGUGGCUGGCGUGA